GGCGGGCGGAGCGCCAGGCCGGCCAUGGCCACCACCAGCACCACGGGCUCCACCCUGCUGCAGCCCCUCAGCAACGCCGUGCAGCUGCCCAUCGACCAGGUCAACUUUGUAGUGUGCCAACUCUUUGCCUUGCUAGCAGCUGUUUGGUUUCGAACUUACCUACGUGCAAGCAAAACUAGCUCUUUUAUAAGACAUGUUGUUGCUACCCUUUUGGGUCUUUAUCUUGCACUUUUUUGCUUUGGAUGGUAUGCCUUACAUUUUCUUGUACAAAGUGGAAUUUCCUACUGUAUCAUGAUCAUAAUAGGAGUGGAGAAUAUGCACAAAUAUUGUUUUGUGUUUGCUUUGGGAUACCUCACAGUGUGCCAAAUUACUAGAGUUUAUAUCUUUGAUUAUGGACAAUAUUCUGCUGAUUUUUCGGGCCCAAUGAUGAUAAUUACCCAGAAGAUUACUAGUUUGGCUUAUGAAAUUCAUGAUGGCAUGUUUCGAAAGGAUGAAGAACUAACUCCAUCACAGAGAGGUUUAGCUGUAAGGCGCAUGCCAAGUCUUCUGGAGUAUCUAAGUUACAACUGUAACUUCAUGGGCAUCCUGGCUGGACCACUGUGUUCUUACAAAGACUACAUUACAUUUAUUGAAGGCAGAUCAUAUCACAUGGCACAAUCAGGUGAAAAUGGAAAAGAAGAAGUACAGUAUGAAAAAACAGAGCCAUCUCCAAAUAUUGCUGUUGUUCAGAAGCUCUUGGUCUGUGGACUUUCCUUAUUAUUUCACUUGACCAUCUCUAAAACGUUACCUGUCGAGUACAACAUUGAUGAGCAUUUUCAAGCUACAGCUUCAUGGCCAACAAAGAUUAUCUAUCUUUAUGUCUCUCUUUUGGCUGCCAGACCUAAAUACUAUUUUGCAUGGACAUUAGCGGAUGCUAUUAAUAAUGCUGCAGGCUUUGGUUUCAGAGGAUAUGACAAAAAUGGAGUAGCUCAUUGGGAUUUAAUUUCCAAUCUGAGAAUUCAGCAAAUAGAGAUGUCAACAAGUUUCAAGAUGUUUCUUGAUAAUUGGAACAUUCAGACAGCUCUCUGGCUCAAAAGGGUAUGCUACGAACGAGCCUCCUUGAGUCCAACUAUACAGACAUUUAUUCUCUCUGCCAUCUGGCAUGGAGUCUAUCCAGGAUAUUAUCUGACAUUUCUGACAGGAGUAGUAAUGACAUUAGCAGCUCGAGCGAUGCGAAAUAACUUUAGACAUUAUUUCAUUGAACCUCCCCAACUUAAAUUAUUAUAUGAUGUUAUAACAUGGAUAAUAACUCAAAUAGCAAUAAGUUACACAGUUGUGCCAUUUGUCCUUCUUUCUAUAAAACCAUCGUUCACGUUUUACAGCUCCUGGUAUUUCUGCCUUCAUGUUGUUGGUAUUUUAGUAUUAUUAUUGUUGCCAGUGAAAAAAUCUCAAAGACAAAAGAAUAUACACGAAAAUGAAAAUGUGCAGCUGUCACGAUCAAAAAAGUUUGAUGAAAGAGAAAAGUCUUUGGGACACAAUAGUUUUUCUACAACAAACAAUGUUUUCAAUCAGAAUCAAGAAAGAGCCUCUAGACAUUCACCUUUAAAGCAAUGAUGGAAAAACGCUUUGAUGGCUAUAAUUUGUAUGUUAACAGGAACCAAUCUUAGCACCUUUUCAAGGGGUUUGUGUUUGUUUGAAAAGAAAGUGGGGGUGAAAUCAGACAGUUAUAGAUGGGGAAUUUCCUGUAUAUCUGAUAGGAAAUGGAAUGAAAUAAUCCUUCCCAAACCAUGUCCCUGUGGGCCAUGCCUUAUAUAAAAUAUCUCCAUUAAUUCAAAUGGGCACUCAGGACCUCAACAUAUGUCCAUAGGGUCAUAUGUGUGCCCUGUUGUUGAAUGUAUGUUGCGUAUCCCAAGGCACGGAAGAAGAGGAAAUGGAAACGCAAUUGUGUCAAUCUGGAUGAUUGAGAGAUUAACUUUUCCAACUGAAUGUCUUGCCUUAAAUCUCCAGCUUCCUAAAAAUUGUUCUGAAAUGGUAUUUUCAAGUGUAACAUUGUGAGAACACUUUUUCAAUGUUAGAUGUAUGUUAUGAAGGAAUUUUGGAGGAAUUUGAAAAGGCUCUUAUAAGAUUGUGGAUACUUUAAAAAUGCAAUAAAUUUCUCAGUAUUCGGAGGGGUUUCUCAAGGUAUCUAAGAUGAACAUAGUAUGCCGUGAAACUGUAAACAGUAACGGAUGCCAAAUUAUAAGGUAGCUUGUUUCCUUGAAGAGUCAAAUUGCUUGUGUCAGUAAAAGAACCCUUCAAGGACGAAUUUCUUAAACAUGAUUAAAGGUUGGUAAUGGGAAUUCUCAGCUUAUUUUCUUAAAAAGGGGAGUUAUGAUGAAGGAAGGCAUGAAUGAAGGAAGCACCACAGGGACAGAGCUAGACUGAGGGGUGACUGGCACUAGGCCCGGUGUGCAGGCCCAGGCACCCAGCACAAGUAUGCUUCUUGCCCUCAUUUUUCUGUAGUCUUUGUGAUUAUGUAAGAAAUGAACUUUUUUUUUUUGUCUCAGAAGAUAUAGUAACUUACAACUUUUGACUUUUUCAGUGAGAUUUUUUCAAGCCUAAAUUGUAUAGACUUUUAAAAUAGUUAUGAAAAAAUAGUGGUAGAUUGAGACAACCACUAAUGUUACUGUGUGGCUUAAUUCCUUUCUUAUCCUUGAUAUUCUCCAUGAUAUUUGGGCAAGUUUUAGAGAAAUGAAGAAGAGUUCACUGGGUUCGUCCACAUUUUUUGAGAAUAAUAUAAAUUAUUUUAUAAACUCUUAAGUUCUCACAUUGUUUUACUGUUCACUUUUGUUAGUGGGUAUUCAAUACUCUAAGUA